UUGAUUGUUUUGGAAUUUAUCAAGACGCAAAAGACUGUUUGAAAAAACAUAGUCGUCUUCGAUUAUUUACGCCGCAUCAAAGAAGAAAGCAUAAAUACGACGUCAUAGCUGCGUUCAGAUUUUGACAAGAGAUAUUAAACAAAUCGAGGGAAAAGUGAAUAUCAGUAUCACAAGUGCUGUGGCAACCUAAGUUUCUUCUAAAAAAAGUACCGUAUCACGAACAAAAAUUGAAAUGGCAGACUCAAGUGGGCUGGAAAACAAGCGUCCACGUCGCGGACGAAGCGCAACUAAAGCUGGAACAUCGACAUCUGAACCGAAAACCAAUGCACCCGAAAUAUCGUCAAAUUCAUUGCUACGUUUGAACGAUGAAUCUCUGCAAAAGUUAUUUGACCAUUUGGACAUCGAAAGUUUGUGUCAAAUGGCAAAUGUUUGCAAACGAUUCCAACCGAUUACUCAGGAAGCAUUCAGUAGACGCCAUCGAGAAUUCGUGUUCAAAGGACGUGCAUGCAAAAAUUCCGAAUUUCGUCGUGUGCUCUGCAAAUUCGGUCAUCUGAUUACAUCGAUCGAUGCAUCCCAAGCAUACAUGGCCGAUUAUAAUGAAUUACUUGAUGCAAGUGCAAUCGUAAAAUAUUGCAACAACAAUUUGGAAUCGGUAAUUUUACAAAGGGCCACCAUCGAUUGUGAUGCAUUCAAGCCGUUAUUCUCACGCUUGAAACGUAUUGAAUUGUUCAAGUGCGAAUUCACUGGCAACAAAAUUGAUUUGUUCAAAAAUUGUCCAAAUCUUGAAAUUUUCAGUUUUCAUGCUGAUUUUUUCGGCCCCGAUCCAUUGAAUUUCAAUUAUGAUCGAUCAAUUGGUUUCGUUGUACGAAAAUUUCCGAAAUUGAAGUGUCUUGGUUUCGAUUGUAAUUACGUUGGAUUUGCGACAUUUUUUGAUUUAUUGGCUCUUAAUCCACAUGUGAAAGAAAUUGAUAUCGCGGCCAAAUCAGAAGACAUGUUUAUCCAGGCCAUUGCCGAAUACUCGAAAAACUUGGAAAGUUUUGCAAUGCAUUCGGGCGAUAGUUUUCCAGAGGAACAGACGCGAAAAGGAUUUUUAAAGUUGAGCAAUUUGAAAAAGUUGCAACGAUUAUGCAUUGAGGCCGGCGACGAAAUUUAUGGAAAAUUAGUUGGCCCACUCAUGGAUGCAUUUGCGAAGGAAAAGGUGCCUAUCAACUAUUUGGAUUUGUCUGAGUUUUCGAUUGGGCCCAAUGACAUCAAAAGCAUUCUUAAAUUGAAGACAAUGAAAGUUUUAUUGCUAAAUAACAUCGAAAAAGCCGUUACCGAUGCUGAUUUGGUACCGUUGGCCACUCAAUUGCCAUUGUUGGUACAUUUACAACUGGACUUUGGAGAGAAAGUAAAGACACCCAUCACAGUCAACGGUCUUGUAAAAAUGGUGAAAGAUGGGAAGCAACUUAAAUACUUGGCAUUGGUUCGCGUCCAGAAUUUGAAAAUCGACAAAAAGGCAUUUGAAAACAUAUUGAAAGCGGUUCAAAGUCGUCGCAAUGAAAACAAACUCACGAUUGAUAUUAAUACCAGUUCCAAGAAGACAACCACUUUCAAUGUGCCCGAACAUGUUCAACAAGCCUCCAGUGCACAUUUGAAAAUCAGAUAUUCAUCAGAAUAAGAAGAAUAAAUAUGUAAAGUUCUAUUAAUAGAACUCAUCGCAACAAACCAGACACAAAAAAAUCAAACAUAAGAA